AAAGGUCAUUGCUUUCAUAUAUCAUCAAUUCAGCAAAGGCUUACCACUCAGACUCCCUUUGCCUUUGAUUCUUUGAUCUUCAAUCCCAUCCAACGAUGGUGCGUGGAACCGCAAAGGGGCAUUUGGAUAAUAAUCGAUUGUUCGGAUAGUGGGUUGGCGGGAAUUCAAUGGUCUUUUUUUCUGCAUUUUCACUGCAACAAUCUUCACCAAAUUCAUACUCACUUUCAUCCCGUCCUCAGAUUAUCAGCUUAACUGGCCUGAGAUUGUAACACCGCGUUAAGGCUGAUUAGGCGAAAACAUCAUUCAAUCAACCCUUCACCCUUUCCAACCCAAGUAACCAAGACACCAGCAACUCUCGAAUUCAAACAAUCAGAAUGGAAGAUCAAAUCUCUAUGUUACCUUGCAAGUAUUUUGUAACUCCUGCUGGAUGCGGUCGUGGCACUUCUUGUCAAUACAGCCAUGAUGUUAGCACGGAAACAAAUGCGCCUCAGUCUACCAAUUCGUUGAAUAUAAACGAUGGAAAAUCGCUUGCUAAACGACCCUUACGCCCCGAAGCACAAAAGCUGAUUACUUGUAAGUUCCUUGCUAAGGGAUUUUGUCAAAAAGGCGAUGAUUGUCCUUUCAGUCAUGUAUCCACGACGGCAGCUUCCUCGGAAGAUCCGCUUAACAAGAGAGUUUGCAGCUUCUUUACCGGAGGGAAAUGUACCAAAGGAAACAAAUGCUACUGGAAACAUACCUUAGCAGAGCCUGGUAAUGAUUUGAUCGACCAAAGAAACGCGCAAGUCGGGAACCCUGAGCUAGUUUCUCUCACCACAAUCAACACACCUUCAACUUCAGCUCCCUUGACAAAAACCCCUGCAGCCACAAAGAAUUAUGUAUGGAUUGCAUCUCCACUCGGCUAUCAAUUGAAGUUUAUACUAAUAUAUCACAGGAUAAAAUACCGGAUGGUAUGAUCACACGUGCGAUUUCUGGAAGCUUGGCAGUAUUUGGAGAUGGAGGGCAAGUCUACAAAGUUUCAAUACCAUCUGAUUUCACCACUAUCCGAAUCACUGGCUUGCCACAAAAUGCCAACAUUGAGUAUAUCGAGGCUAUUCUGGGUGGAGUUGGCAUUGACACAUCUAGCAUUUGCAUUCGAAUUACUAGCAAAGGCACUCCACCCUUAGUUUGUGCAUACCUUCGACUCGAAUGCUCCACGAUAGGCUCAGUUCUAAGCAAAGAGCUGGAGUCGGCUUGGAGUGGAUUGGGAUUGUACUCCCAACUGAAGGCAAGCCCAGUCCCUACGCACUUGUCCUCCGCCUCUGGAACUUCACGCAGAGUCGACUUCCACAAAGUGGUUUUCUCUUGGUAUCGAUCAACAAAGACAGCAAUCUUGAAGUAUGCAGACGAGGAUGCCGCCAGUAUGACGUGCAGUAAUUUUAAUGAAGGCCGCUACAGGGUUGAGGGCGAGCAGUUGAAGUGUUCAUCUGUUCUUUCUAAUCUCCGAGCCGACCAAAACCACAGGUUUCUAUGCAUACUGAGAAACUUACCAGUCUUUGUGGACGAAGAAGACAUUUUGACUACAAUGGAUGAGAAACACAGGCCAGAUAAAUUGAACCUUGGCUUAGCGAGUUAUGGAGCAUCUGACGAAAUGAUUCGUAAUUAUGUCAAGGGAUUGUGCUCGGAAAUCGGCCCUCUGGAGUCUUGGGAUCCUGUUCAAAACCCACUGUCCAAGAAAGUCGUAGUAAGAGUUCGAUUUCAGGAUGAGUCAGAUGCUCGAGAAGCGAUUUCACAAUUAAACAACAAAAAUAUACGGAUUUUAGGGAGGGGAAAGCUGACAGUUAGACAAAUCGUUAUAGCUCGAUUCAAGGUCAUUGCAAAGAUCUAUUUAGCUGUAAAAUCGCAAAUUGAGGCAGAAAAGAAUUUACUGAUUGAGCAACAUAUCAGAAUCAGAGCAUAUCCAAGCACUGAUGUUUCCCAGAAGUUUACGUCUUUGAAGAUUGAGGGAGAGCCUGGAGAGAACUUUUUGAAAGCCAGGGAUAAACUAGAGAAGAUUUUGAUCGGUACAGCUGCCGUGGCUGACGAUAAAACAGUUUGGAACGAUUACUUUAUGCAACAAAAAUGUUUGAAUAAGCUCAAACUAGUUGAGGACGAGUGCGAUGUAGCAAUUUAUCGCGAUAGAAGAAGGAAACAGCUUCGCCUUUGUGGUUCAGCCGUGGAUAUCGAACGCGCCCAACGCACACUUCACAAUAUGGUUGCGUCAGGACUGGAAAGUUACGCCAUCCCGCUCCGUCGAAGCAAGUUUCGCUGGAUAUUGAAUGGUGGAUUUGAGCAGAUCGUAUCAGCUCUUGGAAAAGAUGUUGCUUCUAUUGAUACUUUAUCAAGUCCAAAGAAGUUAUUACUUUUCGGCGGACCUGAGAAUUAUCAUAAGGCAAUUGAAAUCCUAAAUCGCAAGAGUGCCGUUACUAGCAACACCGCCAAGGAGGAUGAUUGCAUCGUUUGUUGGUGUCCUGCUGAGGCUCCAGUCCGUACGCAUUGUGGUCAUUUGUAUUGUCUACAAUGCUUUGAAAGUCUGUGCUCUUCCACCACAACUGGCAGCAAAGAAGUAUGUAUCAAUUGUGCGGCUGAUGGAUGUGAUGUCACUAUCUCAUUAGAGGAGAUCCAACAAUACCUGACUUCCAGUACUUUCGAGGAUCUUCUUGAGGCGUCAUUCCAUUCAUAUAUCCGUCAACAUCCAGAGGAUUUUCAUUACUGUCCAGCGCCAGAUUGCGGACAAAUCUACCGAGUCACUCAACCCAUCAAGUCCCGUGCUUGUGCCGAAUGUCUCACGGAGACUUGUAUCUCAUGUCACGAGUCUCACACGGGUCAAACUUGUGGUGAGUACAAAUAUCAAGAGUCUAAUGGAAAAGAAGCAUUCGAGAGGUUUAAGUCUGAAAAUGGCUGCAAGGAUUGUUCCAGAUGUAAAACAACCAUGGAGAAGACUGAAGGCUGCAACCACAUCAUUUGUUCUGGAUGCGGUAUCCACAUCUGCUGGAUUUGUCUUGAUACAUUUGAAGAAGAUGAACAGUGUUAUGAACACAUGACCGUGGAACAUAGAGAUAUUGGUGGUGCUUUUGGAGAUGCAGAUCAAGACUGGGGGAGGGACGCUGACUUCGAGGACGACGCUACUCCUGAAGUUGGCGUCGUGUGGGAUUUGGAGGAUUUUCUUGACGAAAUUCCUGCUGAUAACCCUGACCCUGCUACGCUGAAUCCGUUUAUGCGUGCUCAACUGCUCGAACUACGCGAACGACUCGAGGGAGGCCUUCAUAGAUUUUAGAUAUUGGUUCUUUGGAGAAGCUGAUGCUUUUACCAAACUUGGCGGAAUUCUAGGAUUUGGCUCUCUAUGGGUUUUUGUCGGUUAUCUUCAAUGGUUGAGGGUGGGUAUAUCUUUACAAGAAGGUAUUAUAACAGUGCAUCAUAGACAAAAUUAUGAAUACAUUAUAUAUAAAGUAAUUGUCUUUGCAGGAGCAAUUGAAUUUUGUGUAUGUGAGACUUAACGGCUUGAAUGGCUUGAGUGAU